AUGAACCACGUGGUCUUUGUGGCUGUUUCAACUAUUUCCCCUCCUGCCUGAUAAGCUUCAGAAAUAAACAAGAUAUUUAUCAGAAGACCUCAUUAAUUUGUUUUUUUUUUAAUUUGCUAAGAAAGUGAGAGUAAUCCCUCCCCCGAGGUACUCAUCUUGCUGAAUUCCGGAAAUCUAUCAUAGCACUGAGGCUAAUCUCUUCGCAACAGAAAAGGUCAUCUAAGGAUCAUCUCGACUGUGGCAUUUUCGCAAUUUGUGAUUGAUUUUCACAAUCUCACUUGUUUACGCAAUUUCUGGAGCUUGCAGUGCAUUCAGUUGCUUCAAAGUAGUCGUCCAAGGAGGCUCGACACUAGCUGAUCAGAGAUUUGUAAAAGUUUUAAAGAAAGCACAAAAAUCAUGCCGGGAGACGAAUUUUUGGGCUAUAGAUCACCGCUGAGCUCACGAUAUGCCAGCAAGGAGAUGCAGUACCUCUUUAGUGAUCAAAAUAAAUUUUCCACAUGGAGAAAACUCUGGAUUAUGCUGGCUAAAGCUGAAAAGGAACUGGGUCUGGAGAUCACUGAUGAUCAAAUAGCUGAAAUGGAAGCCAAUGUGGACAACAUUGACUUUGAUGCUGCAGCUGCUGAGGAAAAGCUCACACGGCACGAUGUCAUGGCACAUGUUCAUGUCUUUGCCAAGUUGUGCCCCAAAGCAGCCCCUAUAAUUCACCUGGGCGCCACUUCGUGCUACGUUGGGGACAAUACGGAUCUCCUCAUCAUCCGUGCUGGACUCGAUUUGUUGCUGAAUCGCGUGGCGGGCGUUAUCUCGCGUCUAUCGGAAUUCGCGAGAGAAUAUCGGAAUCUCCCAACUCUGGGUUUCACCCACAUGCAACCGGCACAGUUGACUACCGUGGGCAAGAGAGCUACUCUCUGGAUUUCUGACUUGCUCAUGGACGAGAGGGCACUCAGGAGAUGCCGUGAAGAUCUCUGCUUCCGCGGUGUGAAAGGAACCACGGGGACUCAGGCAUCAUUCCUGCAGCUUUUUGAUGGGAAUGGAGCUAAAGUUCGCGCUUUGGACAAGAGAGUUGGUGAGCUGGCAGGAUUCUCAAAGUGCUACCCUGUUACUGGUCAAACGUACUCCCGCAAAGUGGAUGUGGAAGUUGUGGCUGCUCUUUCGAGUUUUGGUGCAACUGUACACAAAAUGUGCUCAGAUUUGCGCAUUUUGGCUUCACGAAAGGAAGUUGAGGAACCCUUCGAGAGCACUCAAAUUGGGUCAUCAGCCAUGCCCUACAAACGCAACCCAAUGCGAUCUGAACGAUGCUGUGCUAUUGCAAGGCACUUGAUCACCCUCCAUGCCAAUGCAGCAAACACCUAUGCAACUCAGUGGUUCGAAAGGACCCUCGAUGACUCCGCAAAUAGGCGUUUGACUCUUUCAGAAGCUUUCCUGAGUGCCGAUGCGGUACUUUUGACCCUUUUGAAUGUCUCCCAGGGACUCGUUGUCUAUCCCAAAGUGAUUGAGCGUCAUAUUGCUCAAGAACUUCCAUUCAUGUCUGCGGAGAAUGUGAUCAUGGCAAUGGUGAAGGCAGGUGGUGAUCGUCAGGUGUGUCAUGAAAAAAUUCGUGUUCUCUCGCACGAGGCAGGGGCUCAGGUGAAGGAACACGGCAAGGAUAAUGAUCUGGUGGCUAGAAUUAAGGCUGAUCCCUACUUUGCACCAAUUAUAUCGCAAUUGGAUGCUAUUCUCGAUCCAAAAACAUUCAUUGGUCGAGCAGCUGAGCAAGUUGAUGAAUUUCUCGAAGAGGAAGUGGCUCCAAUUUUGGGGAAAUACAAGGAUCAUCUUAAGGGGUUGAAAGCUGUCCAGUUGAACAUUUAAAAAAUAUGCUACAAAUAAUAAUUUUUCAUUUUUUGGGAUAUUGUUUGAAAUAAAAGAAGUUAUUAAUUGAAAAAAAAA